AAGGAAGAUUAGAUAACAGAUUUUUCACGGGGGAGGAGGAGGAGGAGGAAGAGAGAGGAGGGAAGAGGAGGAGGAAGAGGAGGAGGAUGAGAGGUCUGUGCUCCUCUCUCUCAUUCGUGUGUGUGUGGUGAGAGAGAGAGGGAGGGAGGGAGCGAGCUAGCGCGGUUCUCUCCACCACCACCACCAGCUCCACUCCUUCGCCUCCACCUCCUCCGCCUCCUUCACCACCGCCACAGAGCUAGUUUUCCCGUUUCCUGGUGCAGUGCGGCGGUGUUGCGUGUGCUGUGUUGUGGCCGAGCGGUGCUGGACGCGUACGGGGUUUCGAACUGCGUUUUGAAAGGUUGUUAUGAAGGAAGGAACGUAAAGAAACAAGAAAAAUAAAGAAACAAAGAAAAUAAGUAAGAACAAAAAAAAUAUAGAGAAUGAAACAAAAGAAAUAAAAAGAAAGAAAAAUUAAUGUUUUUUUCCUAGCGUUUCGAAAGGUUGUUAUGAAGGAAGGAACGUAAAGAAACAAGAAAAAUAAAGAAACAAAGAAAAUAAGUAAGAACGAAGAACUGGGAGAAGGUGAAAUAAAGAAACAGAAGAAAAAAAGGACAAAAAUAAGGUAAAUGAGAAAGGAAAAGAAACAAGGAAACAAAAAUAACAGCAAAGAAACAGAAAAAGAGGAAGAGGAAUAGAAGAGAAGAGAUAAAAGAAAAAAAGAGAAAAACAAGAAAUAAAAGUAACAUCAAAGAAACAAAGGAGUGAUAAAAAGAGGAGGAAGACAAGACAAGACAAGAAGACAAGAAAUAAAAGAAAAAGGAAAAAAAAAACAGGUGGAAAGAUUAAAGAAGAGGAAGAUAAAAAGGGAUUAAUAAAGAAGAAGGAAGAAAGAAAGAAAAAAGAAAGACAAAGAAAGAAAGAAAAAAAGAAGUAACAUUAAGAAGAAAACAAAAAUUGAGAUACAGAACAAAAUAAACAAAAAAAUAGAAAAGAAUAGAAAACAACAACAACAACAUAAAAAAGAAAACAAGAUUGAGGAAAAACAAACAAACAAACAAACUUACAUUUACACCAGAAGAGAGAGAAAAAAAAGAAAAAAAGGAGGAAUUAAAAGAGGAAAAGGGAAAGAAAAGGAAGAAAGGAAGGAAGGAAAAGGAGAAUGAAAUAAAAAAAGAAGCAGAACACAAAAUCCUUCCUCCCUGACACACCUCCACCGCACCUCCACUCACCUCCACUCACCUCCACUUUACCUCCAAUUUACCUCCACCAUGAUCGUUACCGUCGCCUUCCCUCCCCUCCGUACCGUCCCCCCCUCCUCCUUGUCCUCAGGGUAUGAUGGCACGUCCGAGGCAUCCACCAUCCGCCUCCCUGACACUCCCCACCAAAGGAGCCUCCCCCUCUCCCGCAAGGAGUCGUACAAGGACCAGCGGAAGAAGUACCGUCGGGAGAAGAAGCGAGUGGCGCGGGAGCUGCUCAGCACGCUCAAGGACCCGGCGGUGGUGGUGCUGGCAGACUGGCUGAAGGUGCGCGGGUCCCUCAAGGGGUGGACCAAGCUGUGGUGCGUCCUCAAGCCUGGCAUGCUGCUGCUGUACAAGAGUGCCAAAGUGAAGAGUAGUCACUGGGUGGGCACCGUCCUGCUCAACACCUGUGAGCUGAUAGAGCGGCCCUCCAAGAAGGACGGCUUCUGCUUCAAGCUCUUCCACCCGCUUGAGCAGUCCAUCUGGGCCACCAAGGGGCCAGAAGGGGAGACCAUGGGUGCGGUGGUGCAGCCUCUUCCGUCCUCGCACCUCAUCUUCCGCGCCCCGUCCCAGGCUGCGGGGAAGUGCUGGAUGGAUGCGCUGGAGCUGGCUGUCCGCUGCUCAUCCAUCCUCAUCCGCUCCAUGACCUCCUCCAGCAAGGCCGACAAUAACAGCCUUGCCUCCUCCACCCUUGCCUCAAACAAGUGGGACGAGUCAGAUUACGAGAAGCACUUUAAGGAUCAGGACACCUCAGAUGACUCCAGCCAGGGCGGCAACAGUCCCGAGAACAGUCCGCUGAUCACGCCCCAGUCCUCGUGGAGGGAGUGUGUCAUCAACCUGACGGGGGUGUCCAGCGUGGAGGGCACCCCCACACACAAGCCCCCCGGCGCAGGGCUGCAGCGGGACCCUUCGCCCACGCCUUACUACCGGCGGCUGGCGGCGGCCAUACACAUGGCUGACCAGGAGCUGAAGGGAGAGUUGCCCAGCCGGAGGCAGUCCCUCACAGCUGAUGACGCAAGCAACACUGACUGCUCCCUUGCUAACACGCCUGAUCUUAAGGGUAACAGAAAGAAGAACUUCUUGUUCAGGCCAAGCCCCAAGAUUGUUCGAAAGACUCCAACGAAGACUAAGAAUGAUCUGGACGACGCCAGCCACACUGACGACAAUGAGUACCACCGGGAGUCGGGCCAUUUCUCGGGCGCCCUCUCGGGGUCAGAGUCGGAGUCAGAGGACGGCUCCCACAAAGGCGAUGGGAGGCAUGAUGAGGAGGAGGAAGAGGAGGAGGAGGAGGAGGAGUACGUAGAUGACAUCACGCCCAUAGAGUCUCCCUAUGUGGCCAAUAAGGAAGGGGAGAUGGGAGAGGCUGGGGAGCAGGUGGAGGAGCUCGAGGAGGAGAACAAGUCCCUCAUCUGGUUCCUCCUGAAACAAGUGCGGCCGGGGAUGGAUCUGUCGAAGGUGGUGCUCCCGACCUUCAUCCUGGAGCCUCGGUCCUUCCUCGACAAGCUCUCUGACUACUACUACCACGCCGACCUCCUCUCCAAAGCCGUGCAGGAGGAUGACCCGUACACCAGGAUGAAGGAGGUGGUCCGGUGGUACCUCUCAGGGUUCUACAAGAAGCCCAAGGGCCUCAAGAAGCCAUACAACCCCAUCCUCGGGGAGACCUUCCGGUGCUACUGGCGACACCCCAACGGGUCUCGCACCUUCUAUGUGGCGGAGCAGGUAUCUCAUCACCCCCCCGUGUCAGCGCUCUACGUCACCAACAGGCAGGAAGGGUUCUCUGUCAGUGCAACGGUUCUGGCAAAGUCUAAGUUCUACGGCAACUCCACGUCAGCCAUUCUGGACGGCAAUGUGCAGCUGACCCUCCUGCCACGCGGCGAGGACUACAUCAUGAACAUGCCCUACGCUCACUGCAAGGGCAUCCUCAUGGGCACCCUCACCAUGGAGCUGGGCGGGAAGGUGACCGUCGAGUGUGAGAAGACUGGAUACAGGACGGAGCUGGAGUUUAAACUGAGGCCUUUCUUGAGUGGGUACGAUGCCAACAACAUGCUGAGCGGCAAGAUGAAGCUCGGCAAGGACACGCUGGCCACCCUGGAGGGCCACUGGGACGGCAAGAUCACCCUCACGGACAGGAGGACGGGGGAGGAGGAGCUGCUUUGGCACGCCACCCAAGAGGUCAAGACUCAGCGGCUGCAGCGCUUCACCGUGGGGAUGGAGCACCAGGGAGAGUUUGAGUCCGAGAGGCUGUGGCAGUUUGUCUCGGCUGCUAUAAAAAAUGAUGACCAGACUGCAGCGACGGAAGAGAAGACCAUCCUGGAGGAGGCCCAGCGCAGCGCCGCCAACGAGCGCAAAGUCAAGUGUGAUGAAUGGAUCCCCAAGUACUUCGGCCAGGACCCCGUGGUGGGCGCCUACGUCUACAAACACUCGGAUCUUCGGCCGUGGGACCCUCGCACGGACCUCUUCCAGUACGAACACAACUACAUCAUUGCCACCAAGACGAGACACAAGGCGCCCAUGAUCAGGACGGCCUCCAUCGUAAGCGUCGACCCCAAGUGUGACGUUGGGGUGGUGCGUGUGUCGGGGAUGGUGGAGGGCGUGCCCAGGCUGCGGGGGGUGUUUGAUCGCAACGAUGCAGAGGAGACCAGCUCUGGGGACCACGACGACCUGCAGGACGUGACGGACCACACGUUGGGCGGCAGCAGCGGCAGUGGCCCCUUGCGGCCCCUGGCCAGGCAGACCAUUGGCCUCACACCAAGCCUGGUGGAGACCCUGAACAAGGUGUCGGUGGGCCAGGACGUCCUGGUGGCAGAGGUGAAGGGCAUGAGGCAGGAGCUGGAGGGCCUGGCACGCCGCAUCACCUCGCUCUCCUCCAGGCAGCAGCAGCAGCAGCGGGACAGGCCAGGCGAGGGCGGCAUCCUCUCCUGGCAGUCCUGGUCCUCCGUGGUGGUGGCCGUCGUGCUCUACUCCUUCAUCAAGUGGCUGGCCGAGCGCUUCUGGUCGUAGCCGCCGGGCCGGAGGUUGUUGGCCGACUCGUUGUUAAAGGUCAUAUUUAUAUAUACAUAAAUAUAUAAAUCAUUAUAAAUAUAUACAUAUAUACAUAAAAGUAUAUUUAUGCAUUGGUUGGGAAGGCUAGUGUUGAUAAGAUGCCAGAUUUGACAGUAUAAACGUUGCCAAUAAUGAACACUGUUGUACAUAGACCACCUGUUAAUUUUGUAGCAGUAGUUCCCUCACACAUUGUUAUGAAGGGAAGAAAAUUAUUUAUUGGGAUAAAAUUCCUAGCAAAGUAGGCAUUCCAUUCCUGAUAUAAUUACUUCUCAUAGAAGUAGUCACACUGAGAGAGCCCUUCAGACUUGAUUCAUUAUUCACAUAGAGUACUAUCAAAAGAGUUUCUGCCUUAUGCUACAUCUGUAAGUACCACCUUACAGUCCUCAUUGCACACUGUGUUGUUUUGCUGCCUCUGAGGCGCUGAGCCAUAGAGUGGUCACAGAGUCUGCUUGCCUUGCCUGCCCUGCCUGAACUGACGGACAGCCAGAGUGACAGUGUGCCGCCCGGGGACUGUAGGAGAGGUCAAGGUGGACAGGAAACCACGUGGAGAGAGGAAAUUUUAGCCUUUGCUGGGACAGGAUGGGGCACACUUGACAGAAGAGGGAGAAGUGGACAACACUUGCUAUGCAGUGGACUGAUAAUGGCUGAUGAUGCUUGAACUGAGAGAUGGAAGGACAGGACACAAAGUAGUAAGUUUUAAGUCUGUGUGGCCAUUUUGAGGCUUGUGGAGAGGCAGGCAAGGCAGCAGACAUCCUUCUUUCACUCUGUGACAUGUUUGAUUUAACUGUUGUUUACUCUACUCUUAUAAUAGACAUUCCCUUUCCUGUAUGUAGAGAGUAAGAUAAUCUCACGUUGAUUGAACCUCAAAUGUAGGAUGUUCAAUGGAGCACAGUUCAUCCUUCUUUUCAAUUGCUCACCAUAUAAUUUUUCCUCCCCUCACACACAUGCAUUUUGCUCGCCCUCAGCUGCACCUCAUAGAGUUGUUUUCCUCCCUCCCUCCCUCACAUGCAUCAGCUGAGCCUUGAUUGCAGAAGGCUCAGCUCAUCACCUCUCAUCCUCAUUCUGACUGCACAUCACAUAACUGUUUCCUCCCCCACACACAUGCACCCAUCCUGCUUACCCCCAACAGUGUGUACCUCUCACAUUACUUGUCUCGGUUGUCCAUUGCAUUGUUUUUCCUCACCUCACUCACACAUGCGCAUGUCUUGCCUACCAUGAAUCACACACACCCUUAUCUUCCUUUUCCCAAGUGCUCAUGUUAUUGUUUUUUGUUUACACACGCAAACACAAACAUAAAAACACACACACACACACACACACACACACACUAAGUGAACUAAGUGACUAAGUGAAGAAAUAGUAUUGGUGAAGAGUGUGCAAAGCUUCAAGGAAAAGUUGGAUAAUUGUAGAUACGGAGACAGGACCACACGAGCGUAAGCCUAGGCCCUGUAAAAUUACAACUAGGUAAAUACUCACACACACACACACACACACACACACACACACACACACACACAGUUAUAUGAGGCUGUUUGCAGAUGAUGCGAAACUGCUGAGACAUAUGAGAAACAAUAAAGACUGUGAAAUUCUGCAAGAGGAUCUGAAUAAGAUUUGGGACUGGAGUGUGAAAUGGAAGAUGGAAUUCAAUGUGAAGAAAUGUCAUGUAAUGGAAAUGGGAAAGAGUGAAGGGAGACCAAAAUGGACAUAUAAAAUGGGAGAUGGAGAAAUAUUAAAAAAAGUUAAAGAAGAGAGAGAUCUGGGAGUGACAAUACAGGAUAAUCAGCAGCCUGAGUCAUGUUAAUAGGAUAUUCGGUGAUACGUAUAGAAUGGUAAGAAAUAUGAGAUUAUCAUUUCACUACAUGGAUAAGGAUAUGAUGAAAAAGAUAAUAACCACCAUGAUUAGACCAAAAUUGGAAUAUGCGGAAACUGUGUGGUCUCCCCAUAAGAAGAAACACAUAAAAAACUAGAAAGAAUACAAAGGAUGGCAAUGAAAAUUGUUCCAGAACUGGAGGGAUUGUCAUAUGAAGAAAGGUUAAAGGAAAUGGAUCUACCAAUACUGGAACAAAGAAGAGAAAGGGGAGACCUAAUACAAAUAUAUAAAUUAUUGAUCAAAAUGGAAGAAGUAGACAAUGAGGAGUUACUACUAAGAGAAGGAAGAAACGUCAGAAACACACGAGGACACAGUAAAAAAUUGAGGAAAGGAAGAUGCUUGAGAGACAUAAAGAAAUACAGCUCCCUGCAAAGAAACAUGGAGGUUUGGAACAGACUGAGUGAGGGAGUAGUAUUGGCAAAGAGUGUGCACAACUUUAAGGAAAAACUGGACAAAUACAGAUAUGGAGACGGGACCACACGAGCGUAAGCCCAGGCCCUGUAAAUCUACAACUAGGUAAACACACACACACACACACACACACACACACACACACACACACACACACACACACACACACACACACACAUAUAUAUAAUGAACUGCAACUGUAGGAUAUUCACGCAUCUUGCUUACUCCAAAUGCACCUCUUGUCUUCUAUAUUUUAAUUUCUCUGUAAUAUUUUUCUCCUCACACUCAUAUACACAAACACACACACAUGCACACAUACACACAUCUUGCUCACCCCUCACCCACCACCUGCCUGUCACCAUCACCACCAUCAUCAUCAUCAGCAUCAUCACUGUCACCUCCCAGUAGCUAGCGUGUACCUCAGACCAAGUAGUGAGUCACCGAGUAGGUUCCGCCUUUAACACACACAGGUAGUCUUUAUCUACUACUACUACUAGGUUUGUAUUCUUUAUAUAACAUGUAAGGUAUUAAGCUAAGGCCGUUUUUGGAAGGUUCUUGAAUCCCGUGAGGCCUGAGUUUAGGUCUGAACUUGUGUGUGUGUGUGUGUUGUGUGUGAAGUGUUUGAAGAUUUUGUGCUUUUGUUGAUGAUUUUAUGAUGCAUUUUGUCUUUUUUCUGCAGUUUUUUGGUGUAAAUUGUGGACCAGAACGUAGGGUAAAGUUUGCCAUUUUGAGAAGAGGUGUUUUGUUGUUGUUAGAUAAGGUUAUGAGGUGGACAUGAGAGCAGAUACUAAUUGAGUAAGGUUUUCUGGAUGAAAGCAAGACCAGGAGUUAUUUGAUAAGGUGAUGAGGGUGAACAUGAGAGGGAGUACAAGUCGAGUAAGGUUUUAUGGAUGAAAGCAAGACCAGGAGUUAUUUGAUAAGGUGAUGAGGGUGAACAUGAGAGGGAGUACAAGUCGAGUAAGGUUUUAUGGAUGAAAGCAAGACCAGGAGUUAUUUGAUAAGGUGAUGAGGGUGAACAUGAGAGGGAGUACAAGUCGAGUAAGGUUUUAUGGAUGAAAGCAAGACCAGGAGUUAUUUGAUAAGGUGAUGAGGGUGAACAUGAGAGGGAGUACAAGUCGAGUAAGGUUUUAUGGAUGAACGCAAGAGGAGUUAGUUUUGCAUGGACAAGAAACCCUCCAUUUAAUGAACUAGAUGGGAAAACGUCAAGUUGUUAUAUCCGAAAGUACAUUACAUCUAAAGGCAUGAAUAGGUGCUAGGUACUUUAUAACUUUUCUCAUGAGCAUCAGGUAUUUAAAAUCUCUGGCCUUGGACAUCAUUAGAGCACGGAGAGCAAUUGUAGAGGCUAGGGAUGGUGUGUAAAGCCAUACUGUAAUACAAAAAGAGGGUUGAUGUAAGGAAAUGCAUGGAAGACCUCAGCAAUUUAUUCAGUUUAUUGAUGCUGCAUUUAGGAUAUCGCUGGAGUGAUUUUGUGUCAAACCGACCACUAUUUCGUGAGACUGAUUCAACAUGUAUAACCUGCAUAGUCCGUCAAUGCCAACUCCGGCUACAUGGGCAGGUAACACGCUACCCAGAAGUUGACUCUGCUCAUUGGGUUGUUCCUGUAAGAGACAAGAGACAAUCCUGAGUGAAGGGGGCUAAGGGUAUGCCCACAGAGUUCAUGGCUUGAGCAAGUUGAUAGAUCCUACCAGGAGGUACUUAAGAGGAGACUCGCCCAGAGGAACCCCCUGAGUUUGGCGUUGUAGGGUGGGUGAGGCGUCACACUCCCCGGUGUAUGCCCAGUUGAUUGUUUGAUGCUGUCUCGUGUCUCAGUGUGUGGCCCGCAGCACGCCAUUGUUUUAGUUUGGUGGCGCUGUGCAUCCCUAACAUUAUCAGACAUUUAGUUCCCCAUGCUUCAAAAUGUUUGUUGUGGAUCAAUAUAUUGGUUUUUAUUAAACUGAGGGUUGACUGUUGGCAAGGUAAGAUUUUAAGUGUGUAUGGAGAGCUGUAAUAAGUAGGAUAAGGUUUUAUGAAUGAGCACAAGAGGGGAAGUUCAUUUUCCAUAUGAACCAUGAAUUAUACUUUCAGAAGAGGUACGCGGACACUGGUAAGAAGUAAGGCUAAAGUUUUUUGGAAAAUUAGGCGUGGAGGACACUGAGGCCUUUUUUCUGAAGUGAAGGAAGCAGUUCACGGGCAAAAAAACAAAACAAGUCGUAUAAAAAUAAAUUGAACUAAGCAAACUGAAGAGAGACUAGUUUUGGAUGGAAAUGUGUCUUGAUAUUCCCCUCUUGAAAGAGUUCAUGUUGUAGUCAGGAGGAAAUACAGACGAAGGAGGGCUGUUCCAGAGUUUACCAGCGAAAGGGAAUCAAGGGAAUCAAUUGGUUUCCUAAGGAGAGAUAAGAUUGCUACUGUGGCAUGUCCAGCAGUGUGGAGUGAAGACAGAUGGGUGGACUCAUAACACCCUUGCCUCCAUUACUCAGCCCUCCUUUGGUAUUGCAUCCAGGGGAGGAGACACGCUUCUGUAUGAGGCGUCCAGACCCAAAGGGGCAUCCACGCCAUUUGUACGUUUUUGAGUUACAGGUAGUGUCAUAUUUUAAACUCGGUCUUUGCACUAUUGUAAAGCUUUUUAUAUCCCCUGUGAAAAAAAUCUCUGUGAGAAUGUUGUUAUGGAGUGAUGUUGAGUGAUUCUGCAAAACCUGUUGACUGACACCAGGUUGUAAGGCUUGAGCAGGUGAAAGGAAGAGAGGAAAGGAGGGAGGGAGGGAGUAAUGAAAUUGGUCAUGACAAAGUGAUAAAGGAAAGGUGUUCAGUUGGCAGCCAAUGAUUGGUGACUUGAUUUAUGACAGACUGAGUGAGGGAAGGAGUUGGUGAGGUGACUGUCCAUUGAUUCACAGUCAUAGUGAUUAUUCAUUGUUGCUUUGUCAAUAUCUUUAUAGUGUGUGUGUGUGUGUGUGUAUUGUGUUGUGUUUUGUGGUGACUCUAUUUGUUGCUGUGUAAUGAGUUGAGUUGUUUGUUUUCUGUCUUCUUUGAUUGAUGGUUAAUUUCAUUUUCUUGAGGAAUUUUUUUAAUUACAUUCUUUUCCAUUAUUGGCUGUUACUGGAAAGGUUGGUUACUGGAGUGUGUGUGUGUGUGUGUGUGUGUGUGUGUGUGUGUGUGUGUGUGUGUGUGUGUGUGUGUGUGUUGUUUUGUACUGUUGCUGUGUUAAAAUAUUGUGACUGAAACCACAUGAUCUGAUGUACAAAAAAGAAAAAAAGUUGAUUAAAACAGGUAUAUAUAUAUAUAUAUAUAUAUAUAUAUAUAUAUAUAUAUAUAUAUAUAUAUAUAUAUAUAUAUAUAUAUAUAUAUAUAUAUAUAUAUAUAUAUAUAUAUAUAUAUAUAUAUAUAUAUAUAUAUAUAUAUAUAUAUAUAUAUAUAUAUAUAUAUAUAUAUAUAUAUAUAUAUAUAUACAUACCCACUUGCAGACACACAAGCAGACAUACCCAGAUGCAGAAACCUAAUACAAAGCUACAUGUAUGUGAGGAACAGCACAGUGAAACAGGAACUUAACGAUAGAAAAGAAAACAAGAAAACAUGUAUAAAAGCUUUUUCCUAUUUCUAAGGCAACAAACAGCUCACCUUUUUGCACAUGCUCAGUAAGUAGUCAGAUUUUCGCACACCUGUCGUAGCGUAUUUAUUUAUUCACUGUUUUGGUCGCCUCUCCCUCUUUUUGAUGUCCCUUGCUCUGUGCUCUCCAAUGUUAUAUAUAUGAUACUGGUUGUAUCUUAGAAUUAAAGUGAUGAUAAACACACAGCAUCGUCGCACCGUCAGGCUGCCUGAAGGAGGUCUUGGAUGUUCUUUUCUUUCUUUAUUUAUUUUUACAAGGCAAUGAGACAGACACACUAACGUUGGAUUGUCAAGGUGCCAUUGGAGGUGUAUGUAUGCAAUAGUAGUAACGUACUUCUCUUGUCAUUUUUAUAUAACUUAUUAUUAUGUUUCAACAAAAAGAUAUACAUAACAGUGCAAUGUUAUGCUGCUGGUAUGGUUGUAGGCAGCGUUUCUUUGUAUUUUAUUUCAUGUAUUUAUUUGUUAUUAUUUAGAGACAAAAUGAAGCAAAACAUCACAAGGUCAAGCUGAAUGGAGAGUUGUAAGCAGGAGUUCCCAGCCUGUUAUUUUAUUUAUUUAUUUGUUUUUUUCUUUAGCUCUGGUGGGACAGCUCUCAGCCAUCUUUUAUCUAGUCUCAACACAGUGUACAUGAGUGACUCCCAGAGUAAAGCUACGCCCCAGAACAACAAUUCAGUAAAAGUCUGUUAAUUCACACUUUUUUUCAAUAGUUUCCUGCAUUCUAAAUUCCACACGGCCGUUUAUUUGAAACUUCUCAACUUCCAGAGAUCGGACUUAUGAGAGACUAUGAUUUCCCAGUUGCAUGAAUCUGAACAAGAUGGAUUUUCUGACCAAUGGAAUUCAGAUUAACGGACUUUUAUACCGCAGUUAUGCAUACCUGUAGACAUGUGAGGUACUGAGUGACUAAGGGAAGGCAAGACGAAUAAGCCCCUCCCUUAUUUUCUAUUUCACAGCACGCGCAUAAGACAAAAGCAAAUUAUAGAGCGCUACACUUACAUGCAUCGCUACUCGGAUCUCAAAGGGUAAAGCUAUCAAAAGGACUCCUGUACCACCUCCCUCCCUCCCUCCCUUCUCCUCCUCUUCACCCUUCACCAUAAGAUUGUUUUGUUUAGUGUUCGUGCAAUGUUGUGUUGGCUUCCACAUAUCAAAUACUGUAUUCUUGGCCUGUACAGUAAACCAAACAUACAGGGUUGUAGCAGGGAAGAAGAGGAGGAGGUGAUGUGCAGCUAGGAAGAGGAGGGAGAAGGAAGAAUAUGGAAAAAAGGGAAGGAAGGAUAAGAAAAAGGGAGGAUAUGAAAAGAAAAAAAGGAAGGAAAGAUAGAAAGGAGAAGAGUAAGAGGAGGAGGAGGAGGAUAGAUGAAGAAAGGAAGGUGAAGUAGAAUAUGGAAAGAAAGGAGGGAAGGAAGGAAUAAUGAAUAGCCUCUUGGUGCUGGGAGAGAGAAAGGAGACUGGAAGAGAAAGAAUAGGAGGAGGAGGAGGAGAAAGAUGAAUGGAGAAAGGAAGGAGAAGUAGGAUAUGGAAAGAAGGAAAAAGGAAAAAAAGAAAGGAUGGAAGGAGGGAUAAUAGUGAAUAACCUCUUGGUGCUGGGAGAGAGAAAGGAAAGAGGAAAGUUGACGAGAAUGAAGAGAAGGAAGAUGAAUGGAGAAAGGAAGGAGAUUUAGGAAAAAGGGAAUAAAGGAAGGAGGGAAGGAAGUAUAUGAAUAGCCUCUUGGUGCUGGGAGAGAGAAAACAGAGGAAGAGAGUGGGAGAGAAGGAAGAGGAAGGGGCAUUUGGGGUGUAGGGCGUAGAUAGUAGUUGUUGUUGUUGUGGUGGUGAUGUAGGUUGUAAGGACAGAAGCAGCACCAGACUGUCUUUGAUGCACCCAGAAACACAGCAUUCACUAGGGCAGGAAUUCUGAAUGACACGGGUGAUGUUUGCAUAUGUAUCCGUAGGCACCAUUCCAGCUUACUGUAUAGACUAGUGUAAGAGUUGCUGACAGGUAAAGUUCGGAGCAUAUUUACGCUAUAGCUGUGCGUGGCCUCAGUGCUCAUCUCGGUGUCAUUAUCCCUUGAGUCUGUAAAAGUUGAUCUCACACGACUAGAGAAUAAGCUCAGCACUGAAGAAAAAUGGUAUCCGUAUUAAAAGCAAACCCUGAUCUUGACCACAUAAGAAAAAUAAGAUCACAAAGACAUUUACACGAGUAUUAUGGUAGUACACAUAUCAGGGGUGAAAGGGGGGAAGGGAAAAAACUGAGCCGAGGCAUAGAAGUGAAACCUUUUGUCAAAAUAAUGAAUGUUUAUCCAUUUAUAUUUUGAUGGUUGAUUUUCGUACCCCCCCCCCGUUCAACUUUCCUGAGCACGGUGGACCCUCUGUUUAACGUGACUAAGUACCAAAGAAAUCUGAGCAAAAUGGAGAUGUUAUUACAAUGAGAUUUACUGAUUUUGGAGUGGUGGGACUUUUUUUUUUUUUUUGUGUGUGUGUGUGUGUAGUAUCAGCCCAAGGACCCAUGAUAAAGAAAUUCUUCAUAAAAAAUAUUCUCAAUGGAGGGUCUACUGUACUGUCAUUUUUAUUUUUAGUUCAGAUUGGUUUCAUUUACACUCUGAUAUCUUGUCUCCCACUCAAUCAACUGCUCUUCUGUUAUCAUAAAUGUAUUCUACUAACCUUCAAACCUCCCAGAAAUCAAUAGGAAAGAGUGUAGAGAUAAAAAACUGCAAAAAUAGCUAUACUUAUAUGGCAACAGAUGAGCAGUUGGUUAUGUAGGGGAACAAGAUAUUGCCAUGUUAAUAUUACCUAUCUAUUUUUUUUUUUUAUAUGGAUACUAAUGGGGCUGGUUCUAUGUAGAGAGGGCAGCACUGUGCACACUUAUCUCUGUGUCUAAAGCUAGUGACUUACUGACUGGGGGAUCAACGAGCAGUGCUUCCCUCUCCUGGCAGGCAGCUUUGAGCAUCCCAGAGUGUCAAGGUGCGGAUGUACUCAUGAACAUACCCUAAGAUCAAAAUUACUGCCCUAUUAGAUGUUUUAUACAGUGGAUGUACUACUACUACAAAUAAUAAUAAUAAUGAUAACUUGUAAACACCAGUUGUUGUAAUAAUAAGAUGCAUCAGUUUGUGUAUUCCAGUUGUUUGAUGACGAGCAACAUAAAUGAGAAACUGACUUUCUUCUAGAACACUAUUUCAGUUAUACUGCAACAUAAGUUUCUAUCAGCCUUUCCUUCCUUUACAUGUUUUGACACAGUGUGUAAUCAGUAAGUGCCAAUACAAAAACAAAAUGUUACCCAUUGCAACAAGUUUCUUCUGGCAGUGCUCUGUUUUUGUGUUUCUUUCAAAAUACUGAUUCUAGCAAAUAUAUUCUUUUUGACAAUUGCAACACAGGUUUAUAUUUAUCAAUGCUUUUCUUUUUACAUAGUUUGGCAAUUAGUACAGUAUUGUCAUUGCAGUGAGCUAAAAUAGAGAAUUUUUUGCAUUGGCUGUUAGCAGGUCUCAGUGUAGUGCAGCUGAUGUGCCUGAUGGGCGAGCCUCCCAUAACUCAUUGUGCAAGUGGGGUACCUCAUUGGCUGACUGGUUAAGGAGUGGCUCUCCCAUCUCGCUGGUCGCGGGUUCGAUCCCCGGCGCCGGCAAAACCUUUCCUUGUUUGGAUUAAUCCCUCGUGUAUUUUGUUACACUUGGUGGUCAUAUGGGAGUGAAGAAAAGGGUUAAUUCAGGGGCAUUAUAUCAGUCAUGUACUGUUUAUCACAAUAUGUGGAAACUUAGUAUUGGUGAAUAUAACUAAUGUUUGUUGAAAUACUAUUUUGUUUUAUGUUAGCCAUUGCUUCUCAACAUAAUUUGAUACAGAAAACAUUAAUUUAGAUCACUGAGACAUCAAAUUGUAUCAGACAUUGCUUUUUAAUAUCACUGGGUAAAAAAAACUUUUUUAGCUCGCUGAAACAUCAAAAUAUAUCAGCCAUUGCUUUCUAAUGUAAUUUGAUACACACACAUUAUUGUACACAUUAUUUUAGCUCAUUGAAACAUCAAAACUAUACCAGUCAUAGCUUAUUCUAAUUGCUGAAUGUUUUUUUGUCAAAUUAUACAUUACACUUAGAAAUACUAAUGAAAGCAUUAUUGAGCUCAUUGCAACACUGGGAAUGUGAUGGAUGUCGAAGGCAGUGUGUGUAGAGUUGUCAGUAUUGACCAUCUCACAGGGAGGCAGUGCAGCUCUGGAGUAAGAUCCCCAUAGAAGUAUUAGGGUGAGGUGGGCUCAGCACCACCUGGCUCACCCUUCCCAGUAUAGGGUGUGUUGGUCAGUAUGGACAUGCCCGUUGACUUAGUAUUCACAUAAGGAUAAAAACUACAGUAAAAGUUUGUGACUCUAAUUUUUACAUACUUUAUUACUUGCACUCUAGAUUUUAAUAUUUCAUGAUUAUAAUUUCAUUCCCUUAAGAAUUUGGCCUUUUUUUUUUUACAUAAUAUCCUGCCUCAGUUAAAGAGUGCAAGCCAUUAAAUGUUUGUAUCAGUGGAAUUCAGACUAAGGAGCUUUUCACCCACUCAAGGAAAUCAUGAAAUACCUUCAAAAUAAAGAAUGAAAACCUUAUUUUGACAGUCGUUGAUGUUCAUGCCUCCGCUCAAUUUUACAGAAUAAUUUGUGUCCAUAUUUGCUGAGUGACUCAAGAGGUGUGGACAGAUUGAUGAGCAGAACCUACAGACUUUUAAGACAGACAUACAACAUUCCAGUUCUUCUCGUGUGGUGUGGAGAGCACGCCGGCAGCUCCAGGCAGAGUAUUAGGGUUACAGCGUGGCUUGGGCCUGUCUGAGACCUGUGCCAACCAACUACUGUACAUAUUGUAUUUGUCGUGGUGGCUUGUGAGGUUGGCCGAGGGGCUAAGUAUUACUGAACCAAGUGCAAUAUGUCGCUGCCAGUGUCGAGUGUCGAGUGAGAGAGACUAGAGAAUAAAGUUACCCCCAUAAGGUGCAUAGCAAGCCUCACUAUUUAUACCCGUCAUGCUACCUUCCCUGCCGGAGAAGUAGUACUGUGCUGUAUUUAUUACUUAUGAUCUGUUACUGUAGUUGCUCUAGUAGUAGCGUACACGCGUUUUUCUGUGCCGUAUAAAGUUCAUCGUGACUGCAGGUUUGUUUUACUUUUAAGGCUGAGGUAAAAAAAUAUGUUCUUUGUUCUUCCUUGUGAAAAUUUAAAUCUAUUUCUGUACAGAAUUUGGUAAAGUAUAUAAUACAAAUGACUGACCAUU